AUGGAGUCUAUCGGCGAAGACUCCGACGUGGCUAUGGAGGUCAAGGGCCCUUUGGUAGACCCUAGCACACUGGAGACGCAGCCCAUGGAAAUCGAGUACGACCAGCCUUCGGCAAAGUUGCCGGAGGACCGGCGCCAAGCUGCCCAGGUUGCUGCAGCAGCACGGGAAGCUUCUGCAGAGGCUAAGGCGAAGGCCAAGGCUGCAGCAAAUGCGGCCGAGGAGCCGCAGGAAGCCGCGCAGCCGGCGGCGCAGGGAGGUGCAGGAGUUGCCCAGGUGCCAUACAUGCUUGAUGGUGGUGUGCCUGUGCCACCGGAGUUCAAGGGGGACAAAAAAAGCUAUACAGUUCCCAAGCCCGACAACGCCUCCGAUGAGUGCGGCAGCAUCGGCGUCCUGUGGGCGACCUGGCAGCUGUACGUGAACAAGGCCAUCACCUGUGAAGCCGGCGGUCGCAGCUUCAACGUCAACAAGAAAGACGGGAUCACACUCUCGGUCCGCAAGCUGGGUGAUGACUGGGCUCGGGCCUGGGUUACGGCUAAGAAGCUCGCAGGGUGGCCCGACGAGAAUCCGGAUUCUUCGAAUUCCAAGAAGAAGUGCUUCUUGUCUACAUAA